CAAAACCGUACGAGCUACGAGGGAUCCUCGCGUGAAGGAAAGGCAGACUCUGGUGGUCAAUCGGGCGCCGCGCACCGCAGUAGCGACGCGUCACUGCACCCCCAGUUUAGUUGCACGUGCUCCAUCGUACCGUCGCUUUAUCGGCCAACCAGGCGCAAUAAACGCAAUAAACCCAAUAAACGACAAAUAUUAUUCCUCAUCAUCGCUCCUACCGAUCACUUUAUUGUUGGUCAUCCUCAAUAAUAAUAUUUAUAUAUAACAACAUCUUCUUAUAUAUUAUCUUAUUUAUUAUCUGCUACUAUUUUCAACAUUUGUUUAUGUUUUAUCAAAAUUCAAAUGAAUACUACGAAAAAUAAGUGACCAUUAAUUUAUUAUUUUAUAUGGUAUAUAAUUUACGGGAGUGAUUAAUUGAUUCAUUAUUAAUAAUAAUAAUAAUAAUAAUAAUAAUAAACAGUGGCCCGACGGAUAAGUGAUUUAAAUAUAAAUAAAAUAAAAAACUAAUGGCUGCAAUAGGACGGUGCUAAAAUUUUGUUUUAAUGUGAUUAUAAUUAUUAUAAUAAUAUUGGACGUGAUUAUUGCUGUUAUAAGUUAAAUGUACAAAUUGAUAUUACAAUAUCAAGGAAUUACUUAUAAAUUGUUUUGUUUGAUAAUAUAUUGAGAGAUUUGCACAAUAAUAAAAUAAACGGUUACUCUGUUGUUGGCGGUGAUAUUUUUCACCGCUAUACUUGUUCCCGGUGAUCGGAUCCGGCCUGAUCACGGCCAUUCUCGACACGCACUGUGUUAGCGUGGCCGGAGGCGGCGGGGGUGUCUCAGGUGCCGGAAGUGACGGCGUCUCAGAUUACCCGCCGAGCGCUGCGGCUGUUAGGAGCAGAGAAGCGGCCGCGGCGGCGCUGCACGCGGCAAGAACGCUGUUGGGCGCGGGGGUGGCUAACCCUUGCUCGUCCACCCCCGAGCCAUCAUUUUGGAAAAUGCCUCAUAAAGAAGAUGACUUGAUGCAUGGAGGACCAGGUCUCGGUGGGGGUAUGGUCAGCCAGAACUCAAUAUUCGGAUGCUCAACGGCAGGACACAGUGGAGUUAAUCAGCUUGGAGGUGUUUACGUUAAUGGACGCCCGCUUCCUGAUUCAACAAGACAAAAAAUCGUCGAGCUGGCUCACAGCGGUGCUAGACCAUGUGACAUUUCCCGCAUACUUCAAGUCAGCAAUGGCUGUGUUUCAAAAAUUCUCGGAAGAUAUUACGAAACAGGAUCAAUAAAACCACGUGCAAUCGGUGGAAGUAAACCACGAGUAGCAACGACACCAGUUGUAAAUAAAAUAGCUGAUUAUAAACGUGAAUGUCCAUCAAUAUUUGCAUGGGAAAUACGUGAUCGAUUGCUGCAAGAGGGUGUUUGUAAUAAUGACAAUAUACCUAGCGUGUCCUCAAUCAACAGGGUGCUAAGAAACCUGGCCUCGCAGAAGGAGCAACAGGCAGCCGCGGUUCAAGCUCACCAGGGUGCCGAGAGUGUCUACGACAAGCUGAGGAUGUUCAACGGACAGGCGACAGGAUGGCCACCGGCUUGGUACUCGGCUACACCUUCCCAUCAUCCUCUUGCCACUGGAAUACCGACAACAGCCGCUCCCGGAACUGGACAGUCUUUAUUACCCGGUGGUCAAUUACAUCCGAGAGACGAUUCCCUUCUCAAACGUUCUGAUACCGGGUCUCUGCUGACACAUCAACAGGAAACAACCUCUGACGGUAAUUCUGAUCACAACUCAUCCGGGGACGAAGAUUCACAGGUUCGACUUAGGCUCAAACGUAAAUUACAACGCAAUCGUACAUCUUUUUCAAAUGAUCAAAUCGACGCUCUCGAGAAAGAAUUCGAGCGGACCCAUUACCCGGAUGUAUUUGCACGAGAACGUCUCGCCGAGAAGAUUGGAUUGCCUGAGGCACGUAUCCAGGUUUGGUUCAGUAAUAGACGGGCCAAGUGGCGACGGGAGGAAAAAUUACGAAAUCAAAGACGUGCUGCUGUUGAUCAAGUGGUUGGCGGAGGAGCUGGUGGAAUUUCAGGUGGUUCUGCACCACCUGCUGCUACUCCUGCUACUCCUAGAAUACCUCUAAAUGCUGGAUUUAACGCCAUGUACUCAUCUAUCCCUCAACCGAUUGCUACAAUGCCAGACACUUACAGUUCAAUGACUAGUAGUUUGGGUGGAUCAAUGGGAGGCAGUUGUCUGCAACAGCGAGCCGAAGGAUACCCGGCGUACGUAUUUCACGAGCCACUGCACUCUUUAACCCAGUCUUAUUCUCAUCACACGACCGCGGCGCAUUCGCAACCCCAUCGCGGCAUACCGACCUCCCACGGUGGAACACCGAGCACACCGGGGGGUCAACCGACCGGUCCAGGAGGGGCACCAUACCAACCUACCACUUCAACAGCCACUGGAGUGAUAUCAGCUGGUGUAUCAGUUCCGGUUCAAAUACCGUCGCAGACUCCAGAUUUAGCGAGCAACUACUGGCCGCGACUUCAGUGAUCCCAGCUUUUCGGGUUCCCGCCGACGAGUCUUCUCGUCGGACAGGAGAGCCCGCCUCCUUCAGCGCCGACACCGGGGACUCUGACACGGCCACUUCUCGCUUCUCUGGGUCUACCCACGCAUCAACUGCAUUCGCCAGCAGUGGUCCAUCAUCAUCACCAUCAUAAUCAUCAGCAACAGCAACAGCAACAGCAGCAUCAAACCGCCAGCACACCGGCCACCACACCGGUCAACACUACAUCUGACGCCUCUGAGUGAGUCCAAAAGUCACCAACACGACUUGCUCAUUUUCGGCCUGGAUUUUUACUUUAUUUUUUAGUUUUUUCUUUCUUUUUUUUUUUUUUUUUUUUUUUUUUUAAUUGUUUUUAUAAAAAAUAAUCUAAUUAAUAAAACAGUGGAGUGAUAUCCGGAUCACACAGGGUUUACGCGCUUAUUUAAAUUAUUUAUUGCAUUAGUACAAAAAAUAAAAAAUUAAUAAAAAUUAUAAAAAGGUAAAAUAUUUCUGCAGAUUGUCUGCAGCGGUUUAAGAUCGAUUGUGCUCAAUUUAAAUGUCUGUGUCUGUGAGGAGAGUAUGGUAAUUGCGAAAUGAAGGAAGAGACAGACAAAGAAGGAAAAGAAAAGAACGAGUAGAGUUAGAGUUUAAGAGGAAAGAGAAGGAUGGGAUUAUUAAGAGGGGUGGUGGCUCGAACCAAGAAUUGGGGUUGAAGAAAAGUGAACAGAACCGAAGGAAACUUUCAACCCGGUGUUUGGGUGAAUGAGAGCAAGUGAG